GUUCUUCCCAAUAUCCUUCAUCGCUUCCCCGAAUUUCUUCCCAAACCCCAGCGGAGGGUUUUAGGCUUUGCUCUUCUCUAUUCUCUCUGUUCACUCUCUUCCCCCUUCCACAAAAACCCAAAAACUUCAGUAACCCUAACAAUGGAGGGAGUAUCAUACCAACGAUUUCCGCGCAUAAAAAUCCGAGAAAUGAGAGACGACUACCUGAAAUUCGAGCUCCGCGACACCGAUUCAAGCGUCGCUAACGCUCUCCGUCGAGUUAUGAUCGCCGAAGUUCCUACUGUCGCUGUUGAUCUAGUCGAAAUUGAAGUGAAUUCUUCAGUUCUCAACGACGAAUUCAUCGCUCAUCGUCUCGGACUCAUCCCUCUCACCAGUGAUCGUGCCAUGUCCAUGCGAUUUUCCCGUGACUGUGACGCUUGCGACGGUGACGGUCAGUGCGAGUAUUGCUCUGUGGAGUUUCAUCUUCGUGCGAAGUGUAUUGGAGAUCAAACCCUAGAUGUUACUAGUAAGGAUUUAUUGAGCUCCGACCAUACUGUUACUCCUAUUGAUUUCUCUGAUUCUCCUGCUGCUGAUGAUGCUUCCGAUAACAGAGGAAUCAUAAUUGUGAAAUUACGUAAAGGUCAAGAGUUAAAGCUUAGAGCAAUAGCUAGAAAAGGCAUUGGAAAAGAUCAUGCCAAAUGGUCUCCUGCUGCAACAGUCACCUUUAUGUAUGAACCGGAGAUUCUUAUCAAUGAAGAUUUGAUGGAAACCUUGACACUUGAACAAAAAAAAGCGUGGGUUGAAAGCAGUCCUACCAAAGUCUUUGACAUUGAUCCUAAUACUCAACAGGUGGUUAUAGUUGAUCCAGAGGCUUAUGCUUAUGAUGACGAGGUUAUUAAGAAAGCUGAAGCUAUGGGAAAGCCAGGGCUCGUAGAGAUCUACCCGAAGGAGGACAGUUUUAUCUUCACAGUUGAGUCUACCGGUGCAGUCAAGGCCUAUCAACUAGUGCUUAACGCCAUCGAAAUCCUGAAGCAAAAGCUAGAUGCAGUUCGCUUGCCUGAAGACACAGUGGAUGCUGACGAUUUUGGUGAAUUAGGUGCCCAUAUGCGAGGUGGUUGAUUAUCGUGGUACCACCUUGUUGUGGUGGUUUUAGGCAUCAGAUGUUUACGGCAUCCACAACAUGUUUGAUGAUUGCAUUUCAUGUAAUGUCGUUUCCCCAGAUGUUAGUUCUGUGUGUUUUCUAUAUUUUCAUAGAUACUUACAAAUUUUUGCUUAAUUUUCAUGUUUGACAAUGUUAAAGUUUUGCAAUAUGAUUAAAUGCAGGUAGUAUUAGUACUAGUAUUACCAUAUUAGCUCAUGUUUUAAGUUGAACUAGCUAUGAAUGAUUGUAAUAUGGUCCUACUAUUUGAUCAUUUGAUGUGAUGAGGGAGAACAAGAUACUGUAUCUAGAUGCUUCUUUUGAUUGACUC